AUGUUCGACCAUGGGUUUGACCCGGGCUAUGUCUUCAGACAUCCAGUGUUUUUGGUAACAUUUAUCAUCGCUAUACCAGCUUGGAUCAUUGCCUUUGCAAGUCAAGCAGCGGCCGAGGCAAAAUACUCCUCUGCUGAUGGACGGACACCUGUGGUGAACACUCUAUGGUUUAAUAUAUGGAUUCAAUUGGCGGUCAUAAUACAUCUAUUGUAG